AUGCUGUCGCCCUCUCUGCAGCGAUGGCGGCACCGUCCGCAGGAAGCGACCAAGGUCCUCGCAAGCCUGGCAACGAUGAGGCGCAUAUCCCUGGCGGGCGACGUCUUGACGCUAAUGCAGAAGAACCUAGUGGAAUGCAAUGUGUUUCACUUCACUGCCUAUGUUGGUGCCUGCGAAAAGUCGGGCCAAUGGACCUGGGCAGUUCGGACUUUAAAGCUCAUGCAGACGUUGCCGGCUGCACCGAAUGUGUACACCUUCAGUUCUGCAAUGAACGCUUGUGAGAGCAGAUCUUGCUGGACACAAGCUGCCUUCCUCCUGUCCGAGAUGAGACUUGCAGCGAUUGAGCCGAACGUCGUCACAUGCGCUUGCUCAUCCUCUGCUUGUGAAAAGGCAACUGAGUGGCAAUCGGUGCUUGUGUUGCUGUCGACAAUUGCUACGAUCCAGGUGCGCAAGGACGUGAUAUGCGUCAACAGCGCGAUUAGUGCAUGCGAGAAGGUUGGCAAAUGGCAGUCGGCACUGUGCCUGCUGACACACAUGGAAGAGGAACGCCUCCUCGCCACACUCGUCGGGUUUAAUGCAGCGAUCAGUGCAUGUGACAAGGCUGGAUUCUGGCAAGGGGCACUUCAGCUUUUGGCAGCGAUGCCACUGGCACAGUUCAAGCCGGAUACGAUUAGCUACAAUGCAGCUAUCAGCGCAUGUGCGGGCAGCGGUGAAUGGCAGCAUGCGCUGCACAUAUUGGAGCAGCUGAAGACAUCAGAGCAUGCCGCAGAUGUCAUCAGUUACAGUGGUGCUAUUUCUGCACUGGACAGCAGCAGAUGGCAGCUGGCAUUACUUCUUUUCUACGACAUGACGACAGCCCGAGUCUCCCCAGACCUGAUCGGCUUCAGCUGUGCCAUCAGCGCAUGUGAGCGAGGUGCGGCUUGGAGGGAUGCCUUCGUCCUCGUCCGGUCAAUGCCGAGCCGCGGGCUGCAGCCGAAUCUGCCCUGCUUCAGCAGUGCAAUCAGUGCUUCCAGUGCUGUGGCCCAAUGGGACAGAGCCUUGACACUGCUCUGCAAUCUUGAAGACCCCAAUGCCACGGAUCUGUUCUGUAGCAAUUCUGCAAUUCUGGCAUGUGGGCGAGGCUUGCAGUGGCAGCCGGCUCUACACAUAUUCGAAACCAUGCCGCAGCACGAUGUCGUCAGCUGCUCCAGCGCCGUUCCGGUGUGCGACUUCGGCAUCCAACAUCUGCAUUUAGCAAAGCUGCUUGAGGAAGGAGAUCGCAAAGCCGUGGGCUUCUUCCACGACCUGCACUUUGGGAUGUAA